UGAAUUAAGCCAUUCAGGAGAAGUUCACAAUGAAGUUUCUUCUAUUGAUACUGACCCUGUGGGUCACUUCUUCUGGAGCUGAUCCUCUGAAAGAAAAUGAUAUGCUAUUUGCUGAAAACUACUUGGAAAACUUUUAUGGCCUUGAGGUGAAGAGAAUUCCAAUGACAAAAAUGAAAACUAACAGGAACUUUAUAGAGGAAAAAGUCCAGGAAAUGCAGCAAUUCAUGGGGCUAAAUGUGACUGGGCAACUGGACAUAUCUACUUUGGAAAUGAUGCACAAACCUCGAUGUGGAGUGCCUGAUGUUUAUCAUUUCAGGACCAUGCCAGGGAGACCAGUAUGGAGGAAACAUUACAUCACCUACAGAAUCAAAAAUUACACUCCAGACAUGAAGCGUGAGGAUGUUGAGUAUGCCAUUCAGAAAGCUUUUCAAGUAUGGAGCGAUGUGACCCCCCUGAAAUUCAGAAAGAUUACGACAGGCGAGGCUGACAUCAUGAUACUUUUUGCUCGUGGAGCUCAUGGAGACUACGGUGCUUUUGAUGGCAGAGGUGGUGUCAUAGCCCAUGCUUUUGGGCCAGGACCUGGUAUUGGAGGAGAUACACAUUUUGAUGAGGAUGAAAUCUGGACUAAAAAUUAUAAAGGCACAAACUUGUUCCUUGUUGCUGUCCAUGAGCUUGGCCAUGCCCUGGGACUUGAUCAUUCAAAUGAUCCAAAGGCCAUAAUGUUUCCCACCUAUGGUUAUAUUGACCUCAACACAUUUCACCUCUCUGCUGAUGACAUACGUGGCAUUCAGUCCCUUUAUGGAGGCCCAGAGCAGCAUCAACCCAUGCCAAAACCCGACAGUCCAGAACCAACUACCUGUGACCACAAUUUGAAAUUUGAUGCAGUCACUACAGUGGGAAAUAAAAUAUUUUUCUUUAAAGACAGCUUUUUUUGGUGGAAGAUUCCUAAGAGUUCAACGACCAGUGUCCGUUUAAUUUCUUCCUUAUGGCCAACCUUGCCUUCAGGCAUUGAGGCUGCUUAUGAAAUUGGAGACAGACAUCAAGUAUUCCUUUUUAAAGGUGACAAGUUCUGGUUAAUUAGCCAUUUAAGACUACAACCAAACUAUCCCAAGAGCAUACAUUCCCUGGGCUUCCCUGACUUUGUGAAAAAAAUUGAUGCAGCUGUCUUUAACCCCAGUCUCCAGAAGACUUACUUCUUUGUGGAUAAUCUGUACUGGAGAUACGAUGAAAGGAGAGAGAUCAUGGACGCUGGUUAUCCCAAAUUGAUCACCAAGAACUUUCUAGGAAUUGGGCCAAAAAUUGACGCAGUCUUCUAUUUCCAAAGAUACUACUAUUUCUUCCAGGGACCUAACCAACUGGAAUAUGACAUUUUUUCCAGUCGUGUCACCAAGAAGCUGAAAAGCAAUAGCUGGUUUGAUUGCUAGUAAUGGUGCCAGUUGACUUCCACUUAAUAAGUAUUUAUUACAUACACACUAUGUGCUCAGUGUAACACUACAUGGUGAUGUGUAUCAUAAAAUAAGGUAAAAUAAAUAGGCCAUAGAGAAAUGAUUGCACAAAAUAUAUGUUUUUCAAUUUUGAAAACCUUUAUUAUACAUUUUUGCUUAACUCUACUAUUAAAUUUGGAAAUAGAUGCCUUCAGAGGCCAAGAGAGUAUCUUUUGGAGAAUGCUUUGUGAGUUGGUUCCUACCAUUGUUUGAGAAGUUACAAUUAUAUAUUAUUCAAAUAAAA